AGUCUAAGUGUCAGCAUGACACUCAGCCAUGGCCGACAUCACCAUCGUGCCUGCGGAAUGCUGGGCCUCGCUGACGGGGGACUUCCGUCGCCUGCUGCUGCGGGAGGCUCUGCAGCGGCGGCCCUCCCCCGCCGCGUCCUUCACAGAGGAGGGCGACGGUUGGGACUUCAGCGUCACUGCGGACACCGGAGAUCUCGAUGUGGCUGUGGCGGUGGCCGCGCAGCGAUGGCUCACCGUGAUGCAGGAGCUGUUGAGCUCCUCCAGGGCGGUACUGGUGCAGGAGCUCUGUGCUCGAUGUCGCCAGGGGCAGCAGGUGCCAGCGCCUGAGGCGCUGGCGGACAUGCGCCCUGAGAUGGCGGAGCUGAUCCGAGAUGGAGGCCCUGGUUUGCUGGCCUUGCCUGCGUUGCGCACGGCAUAUGCCAAGUUCACCACCGCCUUCUGCCGACUCUGCUGCACCCGGAUGGAGCUGCCAAAGCCUGCAGCUGACAGCAGCUUGGCCAGCUGCUGCCGCCACUUCUGCCUCCUCCACCAGCAGCGCCUCCGCCAGGCGCUGCAGGAGCUGCGGCCCGCGCCAGGCUUGGAGCUGGCGUGCUGCAAGGCCAUCCGGUUGGACCUCCUGCACCCGGAGCCCUAUCUCUGGCGCUCGGGGGUGCGGUUGCGCCAAAAGCGGCGCAGCAAGGCGCAGGAGGAUCUCAAGGUGUACUUGGUGUGGUCGGCACACUGGGGCUUCUCCUCGGACAACCACUCCCUGGCCUACUGGAGGCUGGGUGAGUGCUUCGUGGAAGAGCUGGAGCACCGAAACGCGACGCAAGGCGCCCUGCUGGAGGAUCGGACCUUCCACAGCCUGGUAGACAGCGCAGAGAUCAGCAUCAACCUGGCCAUUCGCUACGACGACGGCAGGACAGGCCUGGGCACCAGCGCCCGGGCGCAGCACCUUUUACAGCGCCUGGAGACCAUGCGCUCAGCGCGGCGCACCGCUGCAGAGUUCCUGGACUCUCCGCUGGUCUCGGGACUGGGCCCGGAAGGAAGCCACGGAGAUGCCUACGCGGUGCCAUGGCCAUUGGACGUGACUGCGGGCAUCCCGGAUUUGGCCAUGUUCAGCCGCACGCCCACGAUCGGCUCUUCUCAGACACACCGACCCUUGGAGCUCCUCUUCCUGGGCUGCCAAGGGGUUCUCGACGUGAUGGCCACGCUCUCCAAUCUGGCAGUGCGAGCAUCCGCCUUUGCCACCGAGUAUCCGGAGUGCCUGCACUGGAAGUACAGGCCCAAACCUGUACACCUGCACUUACACGCCUCCAACAUCGAGCGACUGGCGCAGUCCUUGCUGUGUUUCAUGAUCAUGAAGCAGAUGGGGCAGGCAGGCGAUGAAGCCAUCGAUCGCCGAAACAGGCGGCUCUGCGCGCUGCUCAGCGCAGUGCUCUUCUGCCGGACUUUGACCCACCAGCAGCGAAAGGAGUUGGACCGCCUGCUUGGCCUACUGAUCUUGGCCGCCUCCGGGACAGGGUCCAUGGCCCGUGCCUUCCCCUGGCUGGAGCUGGACGACGACCGGAAGAGCACCUUGCCCAUGGGCUCUGUUUCGAAGAGCGAGAAGUUCGGGGAGAAGAGGAACGAGCACUUCUCCGACGAUGGCCUCCCGGACUGGCGCGCUGAAGAGUUGCUGACCCACUUGCAGGAGCCCAAUGCUGACGCAGAUGGUGAGGACACGCAGGAGACCUCGCACCUGCUCUUUCAUCUUCAGCAGGUGUGGAUUGGCUGGCUCUCCUCCGGUGGGCAGAAGGCCUGUGAGGAGACCUCAGCCGAAUCUUUCUUCACUUCAUGUCCAGAGGAUAAAGGCACACUGGCAGAGCUGCCAGUUGAGAGAGAGGCAUCGGAGGCCAAAGCGGUCUCUCCGCAGGCCAGCCUCCAGGAGCCAGACAUGGAGAGCCGCCUGGCCGAUACCAGGUACAAACAGCUCAACGUCGCAGAGGUGCACCGGGCCGCGCGCCGCAGCCUGCUGGGCGCCCGGUGCGCCGCCACCUACGAGGCGCUGCACUCCAUGGCGCAGGUGGAGGAGCAGCUCUCGCAGCGCCAGCUUUGGGCGCUCACUGGGCAUCUGCCGGCCCGUGAGGUGAAGGGCGCCAUGUUCCAAGUGGAGCCCUGGGAGGAUGGUCACCGUGCGCACGGGGAGGACGACCCUGAGCACAUGCGGCCUCCGGAUCCCCGGGGGCCCUGGCGCCCGCUCUUGGAGGAAUUGCUGCGAGAGAAGGACUCGGGCUUAAACCCGUGCGUACUGGAACAUGUGAGCUGGUGCUACGACCCGCAAGCACUGUCCGAUCCCUUCCUGACCUUCUCUUGGCACCUGACGGCUAGCAACCCGGGAGACUGGCACAGUUCACUGGCCCAGGCGCCUUUCGACGCGCCCAUGGGGCGGCACCCAGUGCUGGAGAUGAUUUGGGAGCACCUCUACCAGCAGCUGAAAAGGAUUGGCUCCAUCUUUCACGCACUGGAGGCCAGAGACGACUCUUGGGCAAUGGACUUGCGCACCCUCAAUGAGAAGCCGCUGCCGCCCCGGGCGGCGGGUGUGCGCCCUCGCCGGAAAGCCCCCGCCACGCUGCGGUCCGCGGCGGCGCGCACAGCGCCUAUGUCGGCGUACUUCCACGUGAAGGUGUCGGACCAGCUGCGGAAGCGCGUGGAAGAAGAGGAGGAGGAGGCGCGCACCAUCGAGUUGGCGAAAACGGACAUCGUGGGGGAGCUCGAGGAGCUGAAGCGGAGACGCAGGGACUUGAGCCUCGAGCUGGAGCUGCGGGACUACGUCACCUUGGCUUCUAUGAAGGAGAAGGAGGGCGACUGGUGGGGCCAGGCCGCCCGCAACGCGGCGGCCUAUGGCCAGGCAGAGACGGGGACCGCCACCUGGAAGCCUGCGCCGGAGGAUUGUGCGCCUCUACGUCUCCGCAUUUUCGCCUAUGCGGGGCGACCAUGGCACGUGCUCAAGGCUGCCUGUUUCCGGGGCGCCACCUUCGACGCCAUCGACGCCCCCAAGCUGCUCUGUGAGGACGUGGGCCUACUGGGACUCUCCACCUGGUUUGACACCUUGUUGAAGCAGGUGCCCCACAGUUACAUCCAAACCAGGCAUUGUGAGGAGGUUUUCUUGAAGCGUUUGGACCAGCGCGUGGCCAGCGAGUGGAACCCACAGAGUGCCCGGGCAGCCGCGCAGAGCGGCACAAACGGAAUGGCGGCAACCACCGGCAAGUUCAUCCCGCCGGAUGUCUUCCGCGAUGCCAAGCAGUUGGCAGGCACUUGGCGAGCCGCUCCGGCGCGGCCCCGGGCUGUGCUGGCCGCCAAUGGAUUGGCCAAGCGCCCAGGUGCAGCUGAGAGUCCAAAGCUGACACCAAGGACGGAGGUGCCUGGGAUCCUGGCAGCCAAAGGCCUAGACCAGCGUCUCCAUUUGACCCUGUCAGCGCGUAUGCACCGGCCCAUCAGGGAGGUGGUCAAUGAACCCGCCCGGCCUCGGGUGGCAUUUCCGGCGUACACUUCUGAGAGCAAGUUCUUUGAGCACCUCGCGCGGGAGAGUCUCACCAGCAAGGCCAGCUGUGUGCAGCUGCAGUGUCUGCUGGGCAUGGCCUUCCGCAGCGAGCCGCUGCUCGCGGAGCUGGGGCUCACCUACCUGGGCGCCGCCAACCUGCGCCCAGCGCGCCGCAACUUCCUUCCCUGGGACUCGGUGCUCGCAGUUUCCACUGGCUGGCCUGGAGAUGAUGCGCAGUUCUCCGAAGCAGCACUGGGCGGCACGAAGUCAGUUUCAGUCCACGAGAGUCGCACCCUGGAGUCAGCGGCGGGAGACACGCUGUGUGCCCAAGACGUGGCGGCACUCAUUACGCGGCACUCCGAGCCCCCGGACGAUGAGAAGAAGGCGCGUGCUUUGGGCCCACGAGUGCUGCGCCUCCGCAAGCUCGGCGGCGGGCAUCCAUCCCUCUCAUGGGAUGCAGAGGAGAAGCGGUGCAGCAACGCUGUCUUCUGCACUCGUCGUGUGGAGGCUGUAGGGAAGAACUUCAGCUGCUCCAAAUGCAAGUGCGUGUGGUAUUGCUCCAAGUUAUGUCAAGCCACCCACUUCGUGGCGCACCACUUCGAGUGCAGAUCUUUGAGGCAGCUGCGGCUGGCCUCAGAGGGCUUCGAGGCGGGGCCCAGCUCAGGGGUGCUGGCCGAAGUGUUACAGGAGCUUUUGGCGAAGCAACUCUCCGACAGCCACCUUGAGGCCACCUCCCUUGGCCACUCCUUGCGGAAGGCCUUGGCCGGCGAGGUUUCCAAGGAGCAGGAGACAGGCCAGCAGCCGGUGCACUUGCCCGCGCUGCCCAUGGAGGCUCUGGUGCGAGGCGGUCACUUGCAGUCGCAAGCCAGCAAUGGAGAUCUCGGCCGUCGUAUGCUGGACGUCUUCACGGCAGGCUCUGAGCUGUGGCCUGAUGUCGGCAGGAAGCUGGGCCCGGUGCUGGGCAGUGACUGCUUCGUGCUGCUUCCUGAGGAGCAAUCCCAAUGGAAGGUGCGGCCCCGGCGAGAUGCUGCGGACGAGGAGUAUGUGUCAGAAGCACAGAGCCUAAAACGCAGCCGUGACAUGUUCAACACGCAGCACAGCGUGCACACAGCGGUGGGCAUCGUGCGGCUCAUGUCGCGCUGGGCCAGCACCAAUAGCAUGCGCGCAGUGAAGGAAGUUACGGAGAACGGGCUGUUCUUCUGCUUGAUCACCGGGCUUUGCAUCACCAAGCACUUCACCUCAGAGACGUUGUCGCCUGAAGCUGUGGUCGCUGUCCUCAGCCACCGUAUGGCCCUGCAUGUGGCUUCCAGCCAGGAUUGGAGCCUUGUGCCCAUGAUGAGACCCCCAGCGGAGCUGCAGGAGCGCGGCGUUGCGGCGCUGGACUGUGCGCAGUACACCGCCUACUACGCCUUCCUGACACACCGGCGCCUGCCCUUCAAGCAGCUCAGAGCUCUGCCCAUCAUUUGCUUCGCUUGGGGAAACCGAGUGCGGGAUGCACUGCUCGCCCUCCCGCACUUGCUGGAGCCACAGCAGCCAGGCAAAAGGGCAAGGCGCAGCGGCAAGGUGGGAAGCUUCAUCGAUGUGGCCAGAGAACAUCUGUCCGACAUCCAGUUGGUGGAUAGUGUACAGAUGGACGAGCUCACCGGGCGAUGUUGGUUUCUGCUGUACAACUCCCUCAUGAGCAGCCCACGCACGGACAAGGAGGCCUGGAUCCUCCUCCUGGAUGCUUCCCGUGGCCUUCAGGCCGUCUCCUGUCCUUUGCCGGCCUCUGAGCUCAGACGCUGCGCUCUGUAGAUCGAAUGCGAGUUCUUUCGCUUCUCGGCAAAGCCGAGUCAAAGAAACUUUGGCCACGGCCCCUAGCUAGGAACCCGGUAAACCCGGAAACCAAGUUGUACAGUUCAGAAGUUCAGUCUUCAUGCCCAUCGGGCCCAUGCCGGGGACACUGAAAUGAGUGGAUCUGGUACAGAGCCAAAGCCGAGCUCUGAAAGAGA